CUGGGAACGCUCCGCUGCCUCCUCCCAGAAGAUUAGCCAAUAUUCCCAGGGCAGGGCACACUCCCCAGCCUUUCUACUUUUCCUUUCCUCUAUAUACGUGUUUUUCCUUCUUCCAGCUCAUUCUAGAGCAGAGCAGCUUUGGAUUUCUGAGCUUUUCUUGUACUUUUUUUUUCCCCCUGGUAGCUGGAUUGCUGCCAGCGUCUUGCAAGGCCAAAGUUUUAUCUAUAGGGAUAUAUUUUUCAAACCAGCCCAGCUGCACGCAGGCUGCAAUUGAAUCCACGCUCCUGGGGCAAGUUUAACUCUGGAGAGGAACAGCAGCAGGGGUGCUGUUUGUGCCUCUCCUCCAGCUAUUCCUGUCAAGAUGGAUUUACGGCUUUAAAAGGAGGGGGGGAGGAAGGAAAAUUGUCUGCAGGAGCCAGGGCUUACACCACAGCCCAGCAAAACACGUAAAGAAGCGGUCGGAUCUCGAGGCAUGAGCAGCAUUAAAGUGGCACCCUGGGAUCCGGUAGAUCCUUGCACGUAAUAUGACUGAUCUGAAGUCUUCCAUCUGCCUUCACAGAGCCGAGCUUUUGGAUUUAAGGUAGUUUACCCAGGACCAGGCUUUGCUAUGUUGGCCAAGACAGUGAUUUCUCUGGGUUUGUGGCUGCAGUUUGCUGCGGGACAGAACGCACCUGGGAGAGGUCCCCAGCCAUCUGUUUCCAAUUCUGAGGGGGACCUCCUCUUCUUGCUGGACAGCUCUGGCAGCGUCUCCUACUAUGAGUUUUCCAAGGUCAAGGAAUUCAUAUGGGACCUUUUGCGGCCUUUCACCUUUGGCCCCAAGGAUGUCCAGACCAGCAUCAUCCACAUCAGCACGACACCCACCAUGGAGUUCCCCUUUGACCGGUACCUGUCCAGCGGGACUGUGCAACAAGCCAUCCGGGACACUCGGCAGCUCAUGGGUGACACUAACACAGGCCAAGCGCUCUCCUACGCCAAGGAGAAGUUCUUCAGUGAUGGAGCUGGUGCCCGGCCAGAUGUUCCCAAGGUGCUGGUUUGGGUGACAGACGGUUUCUCCACUGAUGACAUCUCGGAACCCAUGCAGCUCCUGAAGGACAUGGGAGUGACAGUCUUCAUUGUCAGCACUGGCCGUGGGAAUUACUUGGAGCUCUCUGCUGCUGCCAGCCAACCUCCCGAGAAGCACCUGCACUUUGUGGAUGUUGAUGACCUGCCCAUCAUCACCAAGGAGCUUCGAGAUGCCAUCCUAGACGUUAUCCAAGCAAAUCGGCUCCAUGCAGUGGAUAUCACCUCAAGCAGCUUCCGCCUGACGUGGCCCCAACUCCUCUCCCAAGAAACCGGCUACUACACCCUGGAGUACGCCCCAGCAGGUGAUCUAGCGAGGAAGAGGACAACCCAGGUGUCUGGGGCUCACACAAGCCUCACGCUAAGCAACCUCGCACCAGAAACUGCUUACGAGGUUGUACUCAUUCCUGAAUCCAACAUCCACUACUUCCCUCCGCAGGCAACAAGAGUUACUACUCUGCCAGAGGAAAUAACCCCGGCUCAGGUCUUCAUCUCGGAGUCUGGGCCACACAGCUUCCAGGUCAGUUGGGCUCCCAUGCUGGACAGUGUGAUGGGUUAUCAGAUCCUGUAUGGGCCGCUGCCCGGGAACUCGGCGAAGCUGCUGGAGGUGGAUGGUAAGAAAAACAGCACCGUGGUGGAGAAUCUGGCACCCAAUACAACCUAUCUAGUGACAGUGACUGCCGUGUACAACUCGGGAAAGGAGAGAUCCCUGUCAGCCAAAGCAUGCACCCAGGAAGAGGGCUCCAAAGUGAGGCACCUUCGCUUUGAAGACAUGGGUCCCAACACUCUGAAAGCCUCCUGGGACGCUGCCGAUGGGAAAGUCCUCGGCUACAGAGUCAGAUGCCGGCGGCAAACCGGCCCUUCGUCUGUCCUCAGCGUUUCGCCGCAGGUCCACAGCGUGCUCCUCACGGACCUGCCCUCGGGCACCACCAACAAAGUGUGUGUGAAGCCCGUGUACAAGAACCAGGCGGGCAAAGGGCUGUGCCGCUUGGUGCACAUGCAGCCGGCUACAGAUGCCCAAGGAUACAACCACAGACCAACAGCAUGAUGACUCUGGAGUCAACUGAUUCCCCGUGGAGCAAGGAAUCUUGCUUGGACAGAGACUCAGACAAACUGGAGGGGUCGGGGAGGAAAGCAGAAAGCUCUCAUGGAUCAUCCCCCAGCCUGCACUGUCUGUUGAGCUGUCCUGCUUGUCCUCCUCAAUGCUGUCCUCAGUUCUCCCAGGGCUUAAAGCUUUGGCUUGGCUGGAUGGAACAACCAAUCUGACUCAUAGAUCCCAAAUCUGUACCUUCUUUUCUAUAAAUAUGCCUGACAAAUAACAAAAAAAAAAAAAAGGGGGCAACAAAGUGAUGGAUCCUUACUAUUGCUUGCUUACUGCCUGUUCCCUAUUUAUUAAAUGUUGAUACAGUUUUAUUUUUGCAGCUUAUAAGCGUGUUCCAGACUCAGCUGUUUCCUGCACUGGCCUUGAGUUCUGGGCACCUGCGCUCAGAGAAAACAUUAAAUGCAGCCAAAUCUGUUCUUGUUGCCAACAGCCAUUGACACUGACACACCUAAGGAAGAGCAGCUUUCCUCCAACUCAUCCCGUGUACUCAACAGGUAGCUCAGAUUAGGCAUCCCAAAAGUAUAGCGUCUCAGGGAUGGAAGGAAAAAGCAUUAGGAGAAAUUUGAAAGGGAGCCUGGAAAAAAAAAAGAAAAGGCAGUUUUAAUACCUAGUGACGAAGCUAUUUGGAGCAGCAUAGUUCCAAAAUUCAGGGCUUCCGGCUGUUAAACGUAUAUAUUUCUCUGGUAACAAACCCCAGCAUCAGUGGGGACACCUCCCCUCAGUCAUGCUUACUCUAUUUCAAAUUUAUUGCUUAUUUGUUCUACAUGUGGAACUACUUUUUAAAGCUGUGUUUUAUGUUGGAGAGCGCCCCAUGCAGUGUCGCUCCAUCCUACAAACAUUAGCUCUGCUUCUGGGCUUAGAAUCAUGGAAUCGUUUUGGUUGGAAGAGACCUUGAAUUUUGAGUCCAACUGUUAAUGUAACUUCUUAAAGCUUCAUCUCUGCCCUUGUGUCCUGAGUACUGAAUUCAUCACAUCUGGGUUUAUGGGGAGUUUGCCUUGGGCUGUGUCUUCUUGUGCAGGAGGAAGUGAGAGGAGGGAGGUGAGUCAUUCAUUAACUUGAUGAGAGGAUUUCACAUGAUUUGUGUUCUCCUUUGGAAUGUACAUUUGUGACUGAUUAAUCUUAAUGGAGACUCUGUGCUGAGGGGAAGAUAGAGCCUCUGGAAUCCCUCAUGCAAUAAGAUAAUCUUGUUCAUUCUUGCUGUAGUACACAGAUUAAUUUUGCACAACUCCCUGCGUAGUUUACUAAUACAUCAAUGUGUCAUGCCCCCUGUUGUAAUGCAUCCUUUUGAAGACGAUUAAAUGUAUUAUACAAGA